UGGACUCGAGGGGAAGAAAGUAUCAGGGUUGGUGGGGAGAAAUAGAUUUCCGGAGGUUUUAAGGGCGGAUUCACAGAACUUUUUGUGGCGUGUGUUGUCCAGCGCGGACUCAGAGGUUUUAGUGACUUCACCUGAAGGAGUUAGCUUCUCUGCUGAGCCCGACCUGUCUGUGGUGGGGCAGAACGUGGCUCUAGUUGCGUGAGCCUCGGGGCUUCUGGUAAAAGAAAACGCCUGAGAAAGCCGGUCUGCGCUCUUCUUCGGUGGCCACCUUAGCGAAGAGCUGAUGUCUUAGUGGCUUAGCAUGGCCCAGCGGGCAGUGUGGCUCAUAAGCCACGAACCGGGAAGUCCACUUUGUGGCACCGUCAGAUUCUCCAGUUUUCCUGACAUCAUCUUCCAAACAACGGUAUCCAACUGUUGAAAAAAGAGCCAAAGUCUUCAAUGGAGCAAGUUAUGUGCCUGUUCCUGAAGAUGGUCCCUUCCUUAAAGCACUGCUUUUCGAACUGAGAUUAUUGCGUGAUGAUAAGCACUUUUCGGAGAGUCGUGAUAGCUGUUCACACAUCAAUAAAACAUCCAUUUAUGCACUCCCGAUAGGAGGUGAAGAACUCUGGCCAGUUGUUGCUUUCAUGAAGAAUGGCAUGAUAUACGCUUGUGUUCCACUGGUUGAACAAACUUUAUCCCCUCGUCCACCAUUAAUUAGCAUUAGUGGAAUUUCACAAGGCUUUGAACUUCUUUUUGGGGUACAGGGUUUUCUUUACUCAGGUCAAAAAAAUGACAGUGAGCUAAAUACAAAAUUGAGCCAGUUGCCUGACUUGCUUCUACAGGCUUGUCCCUUUGGCACUUUGUUAGAUGCCAACUUACAGAAUUCAUUGGAUAGUAUUAAUUUUGCUUCUGUUACUCAUCCACAAAAACAGCCGACCUGGAAAGCUGGAACAUACAAAGGAAAACCACAGGUUUCUAUUUCUAUCACUGAAAAGGUAAAAUCCAUGCAAUAUGAUAAACAGGAUAUAGCAGAUACAUGGCAAGUCAUUGGAGUUGUCACUUGCAAGUGUGAUUUAGAAGGAAGUAUGCCAAAUGUUACCAUCAGCUUGAGUCUCCCCACCAAUGGAUCUCCACUUCAGGAUAUUCUGGUUCAUCCUUGUGUGACAUCUCUCGACUCUGCCAUUCUGACUUCUAGUAGCAUUGAUGCAGCAGAUGAUUCUGCAUUUAGUGGGCCUUACAAAUUUCCACUCACUCCACCUUUAGAGUCAUUCAACUUAUGCUACUACACUUCUCAGGUCCCUGUGCCACCAAUUUUGGGUUUUUAUCAAGUAAAAGAGGAAGAAGUACAACUAAAAAUAACAGUUAAUUUAAAACUUCAUGAAAGUGUGAAAAAUAGUUUUGAAUUCUGUGAAGCUCGUAUACCUUUUUACAACAGAGGUCCAGUCACACAUGUGGAAUACAAAGUUAGUUUUGGCCAGCUUGAAGUAUUUCGAGAGAAAAGCUUAUUGAUCUGGAAUAUUGGACAGAAGUUCCCAAAAUCAAUGGAAAUUAGUCUUUCUGGAACUGUAACUUUUGGAGCCAAGAGCCAUGAAAAGCAGCCAUUUGACCAGAUUUGCAUUGGAGGCACAGCGUAUUUAAAGCUUCAUUUUAGGAUCUUAGAUUAUACACUCACUGGGUGUUAUGCGGAUCAGCAUUCAGUUCAAGUUUUUGCAUCAGGAAAACCAAAAAUAAGUACAUACCGGAAACUAAUUUCUUCUGACUAUUACAUCUGGAAUUCUAAAGCUCCUGCUCCAGUAACAUAUGGAUCAUUAUUACUGUAAUUGUCUCAUGUUUAAAUGGGAUUUAUACAAUAGUAACAUAAAUUAAAUCACAGUCUUUUAUUUUUAAGGUGUAUGCAUAUAACCUAUGAGUGAAAAUCAUUGAUUUAAUUACAAAAUGCUCUUGUUCAAUGUUUUUAGUCUGAUCUAGUGUGAAAGAACAUUUUAAAGACUAAUGUAUCCAAUUUCAUUACCCUUUGAUUUUACUCAAGUAUGAUUUCAGAGCAUAAAAUGUAGUGAUUCACUUUCAGCUUAUUGUAGACUAGUCUUGGGUUACCCUGCCAUACAUGUUUCUUCCUGCCCCUGUGGCAGACAUGGCUAAUCAGUCACAGUCCUCUUUCUCCACUGAGCCUUCCUGGAUAUGGGCUUAGGCUCCUCAGUGCAGAGCUGCAGGCAGCUACUCCCAAUAGAUUGUAGAUGACGUGCAAGAUAAAAAACUAUUUGCUCUUCCAAACCUAAGUGCUAAGUGCUAGUACGAUGUGUUGUUACAGAAUACCAGAGACCACAUUAGAAACAACUUUGUAAAUCUCUUGAGAAAACAGCUGAUGAAAAUGAAAGAAAAUUGUUUAAAUAGUAACCUGUUUUUAAUCAGAACUAUCCUACUGACUAAUAAAGAAUCUGCAUAAUUCUAUUUUGUUUAUCUCUGUUCUGGAGUUACUUUUCAGGCAAGCUUAUUAAUCUGCCACAAUAACAUUUUGUUUAGUAAGCAUAUUAAGAGGAGUGGGAUACCUUCAGAAGAUGAGCAUAGUGUUUUGUGAUUACUGAAUAUCUGCAGCCAAAUUUUUAAAUAUAAAUUUAGAUAUAAUAACGGUCUUUUCCUGUUUUAUUAUAAUUCAUUAAUGAAUGAAUUCAGGUAAAAAUCAAAAGCUAUUUUAUGGGUAGAGAGUAUCACUUAAAUCUUAUUUCAGUUUCAUGUAGCACAUUUUCUUUAAAUUUGUCACCCUUGCUUCCUUAUUGGCAUGCUCUGGGUUUCUUCAGGAACCAUCCAGUCAUACAGUCCACCUGUCUUUACAAUUAUUUGUCACAUUCUGUUUUCAAAGUAGUUCAUUGUCAAGUUGGACUUUAAAUGACCAUUCAAGAAAAGAUGAAAUCUCAAGAACCUCAAAACCUAUUCCAUGUCAAGUUUCUUUUUACGGAACAGAAUUAGAAGAGAUAUAAAAAAAAUACGCAUUACAGAUUAAUAUUCAAUUAAAUUAUAUCUUGGUUUCUUUUUUUUAUGAGUCUCUUAAGGAAAAGCUUAGAAAAAGCUGCUAACUUCUUGAAAGAGAGCUAUGGUAGUUUGAAAGGAGAUUGCAUAGAAAUUUAGGAUUUGAAAUGUAAUUUUUUAAAAUUAAGGUCAAUCCUACUCAUAAACUCAUUUUCUGCAAGACAUUAUCAUGGCAUAAUGUUCUAUGUUCAAAAUUAUCCCAAGUAAUGAAGAAAACAGAGUAACUUCCAGACCAGGACUUUAGCUUGUUAUUCUAGGUUAAUCAUAGAUAAUCAGUAGUAAAAACGUUCCUUUUGAAAAAAGAAAAAAAUCAUUCCCUUUAAGUUUUUUGAUCUCUCUUAAACUCAAGGAAAACUUAACAUUUCACUUAUAUUAACGGAGCCAUUUGUACAUCUUGAUUGUAUAAGUGUUUAGCAAAGUAUACUAAAAUAGGGAAGAGGCAUUUAUCUAGUGAGUAGGCUGAGAUUCAGUAUAAUAAUCCCCUAGGCAAAACUUUAUAAGCAGUCGUAAAAACCAAUGAAUCUUUGAUCUGACAUUUCUAGAAACCUGAGGAAAAUCUAAGGAGUACUGGAAAAGUGUAGGGACAAUGGGGAACCUGAUGCCAUCUGUUGCCAUUGCAUUCUAACAUAACGCUACAGAACUAAAACUAACUCAUGUUUUCAUCCUGUUGAGAUCAGCUGGGCACACUGUGAUGCUUUGAUUUUGUCUAGAAACCUGUCACUUCAGGAUAAUUUCUGAAGACAAAGUCUGUUUCCCGUUUGGUAGGUGACCUGUUUAAUGUUUUCUCUGUGUCUGGGAACUCCUUAGUGUAAUUAGCGACCUUUGAACUCCACAACUAAUCCUGAGCUAUUUUGUAUUCCUUACUCAUCUUUAAGGCUGGACCUUUCUUUUCUUCAGAGUCCGCUGCCACAAUUAAAGAAGAAACAGCUGCAUUUCAAAGGGAUUCCAAUUCCAGAAGCUUAAUCGUGAUUGACAUGUUCUUAUUCUAAGCUAUAAGACACUCUAAGAGUCCUUUCUUGGGUUAAAACUUCAAUCAUUUUCUAAAAUAUUAUCUCGCUAUGGAUUUUAUUCAUUUUCUUUGAUAACUAUUCUUUGCAUUUUUUAACUUGAAAGAUGCUGUGUGUUUGCACUGAAUAUGAGCACCUACUUCCAGUUAAAGGUUUGGAUGGUGUCAGACCGCUGGAUGCAAAAUUGCUAAAUUCCCUUUAGUGCCAAAAUAUGAUUAUGAAAUCUGAUGUCUAUCAUAUGGGUAAUUAUUCUUCAGUAGAUCCAAAAUGUACAAAAAGUGUUACCUUUCUGAAAAUGUACUCAAACUUUUUAAAGUCAGCUGUACCCUUAACAGUGUAAGACAAUCCCCUUACAGUGGUGGGCAUUUUUUACCUUUUACUUUUUAAAUAAUUGAUUCAAAUGUCAGGUUUGAAGUAAAUAGCCUUAUCAGGAAUUCUUAAAUUUUUUAAAAAAAUUUUAAUUAAGCAUUAGUCUUACAAAAUUAAUUUUUUCACACCAACUGAAUAUUUUCAGUGAGUUAAAAUUGUGGUUUUAUAUAUACAUUGUAUGAUUUAAGAUAUUUCAAAGCACAAUUUAAUACAUAGAACAACUACUAGUAUUUUUCUUCUAGUUUUUACUAUAGUAUUUCAGAAUCCUUUAUAGAUAUUCAUGGACUCCUGCACCACCCCUGGGAGGAAGGUAGGUCGAGUUAUCAUCCAGAGUCUCUGCAGGGACCGCUGCCACAGCAGAAUGGUUGUUUCUAAGACAAAGGUCAGAAAAGGGAUGUUAAUAAACAGUUCUCAGGUUUAAGGGACUUUUUUAGGAUUACAUCUUAAAUUCCAACAAAUCAGAUUUAGGAGUUACUGAAAGUGAAAUUGAUCCAUCCCUCAUCCAAACUUUGCAAUACUUUCCUGUUCUGACAUCAUUUAGAUAGUUAGCUGUAUUAUCAGAUUAGAAACCAUUGUACCAGGCUGCUGAAAGGAAAAGGAGGCAAAAAGCUAAACAUGGGAUGAAUUCUGAACCUUUUAACCUGGCUGAAGUACGUAGGUCCCUGUUAUGCAAAUACCUUCAAUCCUCUGCUAAGUUCAGUGGAAAUAAUUUUCUUGAAUGACAGGUUUAUUCAGCAAGGAUUCAGUUGGUGAUUAAUCCCCCUUUGAUCUAGGGUAUUUCACUUAACUACCAGUUACCUCGUUCUGACAAAGUGCAACUGAGAUUAGGGAGAUCACUAGAACACUACCAGGGUGUGCGUUUAUUCUCUAUAACCUUUUAAAGCAAGGGCCAAGAAUGCAAUUUAUUUUCAGUAUUUGAAGAUGUAAAAGUCCUGUCUGCUAAGUUAGAAAGUCAAUUGAAUACCAAAUGAAGUUUAGUUCUUAUGUAAUAGAACAAACAUUUCUUUUUACUUUGCCUAACAAUGAUUUUAGAAAACAUAGGCUUUGAAGAAACAAAGACUACAGUUUAAGUAUAUCUUCUAGUUUUGUUUCAUAUACUAGAGUGUAUAUUUAUUGGCCCUGAGAUAACCCAAAAAUCAAAGCUACAACUUACGCUGAGAAAAUGCUUCUAUUUUAUUCAACUGCACAGUUUCUCCCCAUCCGCCUCCAUUAAAAAAUGUCAUGGUAUGUGGUAAAGAAAUCCAAUUUGGGAAAACAUGUCGCAGUACACAAUUAUUCAUAAGACUUGUGAUUUCAAAGCUUUAUUUAACUUUGUCCUUUCUUGAAAAAGAGCUUGUUUUGUUCCCAUGAUGAAUCAAGAUUUUUUUCAUAAAAGUACCAUUACAAAAAUACUUCAAACUGAUUAUUUUAAGUUAUCAAAAUAACCAUUUCGACAGUACUGUUUACUAUUUUUUUCUGCCUUUUUCUCAUUUAACUGGGUACCCUUCCUCCAUAACUUUAAAGUUUGAAAUGUUCUAUGAAAUUUUGCACAAUAUUUGAAGAAUAAAAUUGUAAGAUGUGUUUCUUGACUAGUUUUAUUAUUAUAGACAGCAUUUUUUAAUGCUUUGUAAUUGUUCAUUAUUCUAGUAUCAGUUUGCAAGUUAUGUAUUUGGAUAAUUUUCUUAUACCUUUUUUUUGGCUCAAACUUUUUGUGAUCCAAUUUCUAAAUUGAAACAGUGACUCAAAUAAAUGCAUAUCUAACUUAUGUUUAUGCCAAAUGAACAUCUCUAGUUUGAAUUUAGUAACCAAAAUGUUUCUAAAUAUCUUUUGAUAGCAAGUUACUUAACCAUGGUAAAAUUGAGGAUCAGAAAAAAUAUAAGAUGGAAGGCAGGAUCCCCUGGCCAUGUUGCUAAGAAACUAGUAUUUUUAAUAAUUAACUUACUCUGUGCAGUAAAUUUUUAGUUAAUAAAAUGUUGCAAUAUAUCUUGAAAUAUGCUAUCAGAGAAAAUAUAUUUAUGUAAAGCAUAGAUGUAUGUGUGUGGGUAUUUAUAUAAUGUUUUAUGUUAGUGUGUACAACUUGGUGGGUUUCCCUAUGAAAUAUUUCAUUAUGUCAGAGGAAGAAGAAUAUUUAAAGUUAAAUAUUCAAAUGUCCUCCCUGCAAACACAAUGUUAGUCAGUAGUAAUGAGGAGGUGCAUAAAAUGAAUAUUACCAAAGAACUCUUGAGGUUACUCUUAUAAAAUGGUUAAAACUCUUAUGAGUUGAAAGCUUUUCAGCUAGCUUCUAGGUUUUUUUUCAACAACUGUUUUAUGGAUAUGAUAACAUUAUCGUCUGUAUAUAGCCUGGAGCAAUGCAAUGCCUUAUCUGUAUUACUAAUUUACUGCUUUGUAAGCAGGUUACUUUGAGGUCCAGGUUGACUUUUCUCAGGCCCUGGCCAAUCUGUGUAAUUGUUGGUAGUGUGGUGUUAAUAUAUGAUGCACAGCAUUUACAUAGUGACGGAUGCCCUGGGGUGGAAACCACCUGCUGAAUUGUUCUUCCAGUAGGACGUGAAAAUUUGUAUAUCUUAAUACUCCAUUAAACAUUUAAAAUCAAA